AUGUCUGAUAGCAAAUUCCCUAUCCUCCGUCUACCAGCCGAAAUCCGCUUUAUGAUCUACCGGGAGAUCUGGACUCUCCCGGCCGACCUCGACAGCGACUCCGACGGCGACUCCGACGGCGACUCCGACAAUGACUCCGACAGUCAAUCCGACAGCGACUCGGACUCGAACUCGGACUCGGACUCGGAGGAUGUCGAUCAAGUCAACCAACAACUCGUGAUGAUCACCACUAUCCAAAACCUCGCCAUCACCUGCCGAAAGAUCCGCGAGGAACUUAUCGACGAGUACUUCACUCGCAUUCUGCCCAAGACCCAACUCCAUCUGGGCAGUGUUUACCCACCCCUUCGCUCUCUCUACCGGUGCCGCGGCCCUGCUCAUCGUCCUCCCAAAUUAUCGCCUCUAGCCCUAACCAACUACGAAAUCUUCGAGGUGCUCCAAUCCUCGUCGCUUUUUACCGACCAUCUCCAGCACGUCAGCAUCCACUGGGGUGGCUGUUUGUGCUUUGGGGGCUCGAGAUACCAAAUUUCGAUCCGGCCUCACGGCCUGGACUGGCUGGCAGAGUUGGAAAACCUCAAGACAGUGGAGGUUGUGCUUACUGAUGAUAUGGUAGCUUGCGACAACUGCUCUUCAAAGCUCCUGAUGUUGCCAAGGACGCUGGAGAAGAUCUUAUUUCGGGUGUUUAUCAGUGACGUUGUUGUUGAAGAGUAUGAGGCGCAGCUGAGGGAGUGGUUUUGGGGGCAAAGGCCUAGCUUUUUGGCGUACAUGGCGGCGAUGGAGGAGGAGGAGGAUCUGGAUGCCCCUGAUGGAAAGGAGGAGGGUAUCCCUGAGAGGAAGGAAUUGGUUUCACACAAGAUUGAGCACCACAUUGGUGCUAUUGAAGUCGAGUGGCCUUUGUCGGACACAGUUUGA